GAUGGGGAUGACCAAUAAGGUAAGAUUUAAGACGGAAGAAGAGGGAGUCCUCGUCAAACAACUCUACAAGUUGCUUACAACGUGGAUGAAUCCAAAACUCCACCGUUAUUUCCCUCCAACACAGAAGCUUGUCGCCAUUGCAAUGGCGCCAACAGAGCCAUCAAUUUCCGAUCAGACUGUCCAGAUAUGCCUGACAACAUACACGUUUUUUCCGCCGCCUAAUUCAACCCCCCACGCGUCAUCCACAUUCUUCAAUCCUUCAAAAUGCCUCAACCAAAUCCCCCCCGACUUCAAACCCACGAACAAGAUGAUGCUUCUCUGACCUAUCCCUUUUCCUUUUCCUCUGUUUUCUCCCUUUUCGAUACGACCUUGAAACCUGGCAAUGGCUGCUGCUGCUGAGAAUCGGGUUUCUAGGGAAGUGCAGCUUUCAAUGGCGGUUUCGUCUAUGUUUCCUGGUUUUCGCUUUUCGCCGACUGAUGAGGAGUUGAUUUCGUUUUACCUCAAGAAGAAAUUGGAAGGGUAUGAGAAGAGCGUUGAAGUCAUUGCGGACGUUGAAAUUUACAAGUACGAACCCUGGGACUUACCUGCCAAGUCUAUCAUUCAAUCAGAUAAUGAGUGGUUUUUCUUCCCUCGUGGAAAGAAGUACCCAAACGGUAAUCAGACGAGGAGAGCUACCGAUUUAGGCUACUGGAAAGCCACAGGGAAAGAACGUAAUGUAAAGUCAGGUUCUAACACUAUUGGUACUAAGAGGACUCUGGUUUUUAUACUGGCCGUGCACCUAAAGGGGAAAGGACAGAGUGGAUUAUGCAUGAAUAUAACACAAAGAGAUAAAGCUCAGAUUUCAACUUACGAAAAUGAUGAUGGUUCUUGGAGCAAAAUUGUUUUCAUUCAAAUUUGUGGCUUCUUUUAUCUGAAUUCCUAG